AUGACAGACACUGAAGAAGAAGAAAUCACAGUUCCACUCCUUCAGAAGAGCGAACAGAACGGAACCGAUGCCUCCGGUUCUGAGUCGAAGGACGAUCCGCAAAAAGAUGAAAAUUCUCCGAUCGAGCAAGUGUUCCUCACGGUACCGGUCACCGAUGACCCAACCCUACCGGUGUUGACUUUCCGUAUGUGGACUCUCGGAAUCUUAGCUUGUCUUCUUCUCUCUUUCGUCAACCAAUUCUACUGGUACAGGAGACAGCCUCUCUCAAUCACCUCAAUAUCGGCGCAGAUCACCGUGCUCCCACUCGGACACCUCAUGGCGUCGACGAUCACGAAGAGAGUGUUCUUCAAGGGGCAAAAGUGGGAAUUCACUCUGAAUCCGGGACCGUUCAACGUCAAGGAGCACGUUUUGAUCACGAUUUUUGCGAACUCCGGCACCGGAUGCCCUUACGCGAUUCACAUUGUUAGCGCCGUUAAGGUAUUUUACGAGAAGAAGUUGACGUUUUGGGCGGCAUCGAUGGUGGUUGUGACGACGCACGUGUUGGGUUUCGGGUGGGCCGGCUUGUUCCGGCGCUACUUGGUUGAGCCUGCGGCCAUGUGGUGGCCUCAUAACCUAGUCCAGGUUUCGCUUUUCAGGACAUUGCAUGAGACAGAGGAGAGGCCGAAGGGUCGAUUAUCACGAAACCAGUUCUUCCUCAUUGCCUUCACUUGCAGCUUUGCUUACUAUGUCUUUCCAGGCUAUCUCUUCCCUAUGCUGACCUCCAUUUCCUGGUUAUGUUGGAUAUUCCCUCAUUCCAUCCUAGCCCAACAACUAGGUUCUGGUCUCCAUGGUCUUGGCAUCGGUGCAGUUGGAUUCGAUUGGUCGAGCAUAUCUUCUUACCUUGGGAGCCCACUGGCUAGCCCUUGGUUUGCUACUGCCAAUGUUGCUCUGGGAUUUGCUCUUGUCAUGUAUGUAAUAACCCCAAUUGUCUAUUGGCUCAAUAUCUACAAGGCCAAGAACUUUCCCAUUUUCUCUGAUGACCUCUUCACCUUUAGUGGCCAAAAGUAUAACAUCUCAGCCAUCAUAGACCCGAACUUUCACCUCGACAUGGAGGCAUAUGAGCAUGAGGGCCGUCUCUAUCUCAGUACAUUUUUUGCCAUGACCUAUGGUGUCAGUUUUGCCUGCCUCACUGCCACUGUUGUUCAUGUGCUCCUUUUCCAUGGAAGAGAAUUAUGGCAGCAAAGCAAGUCCGCCUUACAAGAGACGAAGAUGGAUGUGCACACCAAGCUUAUGAGAAAAUACAAACAAGUUCCUGAAUGGUGGUUCACAUGUCUCCUGCUGACAAACAUUGCAGCAACCAUAUUUGCAAGUCAGUACUACAAGGACCAACUCCAGCUACCAUGGUGGGGUGUCUUGCUAGCAUGUGGCAUUGCCUUCUUUUUCACACUUCCUAGCGGUAUCAUCACCGCGACCACAAACAAGACACCAGGCUUGAGUGUGAUCACCGAGUACAUUAUCGGGUACAUAUAUCCAGGGUAUCCGGUAGCUAAUAUGUGCUUCAAGGUGUAUGGAUAUAUCAGUAUGGUGCGGGCAAUCACCUUUCUACAGGAUUUCAAGCUUGGUCACUACAUGAAAAUUCCUCCUCGAGCAAUGUUCACAGCCCAGGUAGUUGGUGCUCUAAUAUCAGCAUUCGCCCAUUUAGGAACAGCAUGGUGGCUCAUGGACACAGUCCCUGACAUAUGCAACACGUCCCUGCUGCCACCCGAAAGCCCAUGGACUUGCCCGAAGGACAAAGUGUUCUAUGAUGCCUCGAUCAUCUGGGGUCUGAUCGGUCCCAGGAGAAUUUUUGGAGAUCUUGGUUACUACUCCUCCAUCAACUGGUUUUUCUUAGGUGGUGCUAUAGCUCCUCUCCUAGUUUGGCUAGCACACAAGGCCUUCCCUAACCAGCAUUGGAUAAGACUUAUUUCAAUGCCAGUGCUCUUAGGUGCAAUAAUGAAUAUGCCCCCAGCUACGGCUGUGAACUUCACCAACUGGAUAAUUAUCGGGUUUUUGUCGGGUUUUGUUGCUUAUAGAUACUAUCGGCCCUGGUGGAGUCGCCAUAACUAUGUGUUGUCUGGUGCUUUGGAUGCUGGAUUAGCUUUCAUGGGAAUGUUGUUGUAUUUCUGUUUGGGGAUGGAGCAUAUUAGCCUUAACUGGUGGGGCAGUAAAGCAGAUGGAUGCCCCUUGGCUUCUUGCCCAACUGCACAAGGUGUUGUUGUUGAAGGAUGCCCAGUUAGUAAUUAAAGGAAUGCUUGAAGGAAGUUUGUUGAAAGUUAUAUUUGGUUUAACUACUGUCUUAACUUGAAAGAGGUGUCUAAUAUACUAAGCAUUGUCGAUUUGUAAACACACAACUAAUCUAAUGGCG